AUGGUGAACUUCGACAUCAAGUCUGCUGCAGAGAGGAGACUAAUACAGCUAAAUGAGUUGGACAAAAUCAGACAUCAUGCUUAUGAGAACUCGAAGCUGUACAAAGAGAGGACCAAGGCAUAUCACGAUUCAAAAAUCCUCUCUAGGCUAUUCAAACCGAAGACCAGGUACUUUUGUCCCUUCAUAGUCAAGGAGAUUCGACCAUAUGGUGCCAUCGUCCUCCUCACACCAGAUGGCAGCAGGGAGUUCACAGUGAAUGAACAAAGGGUGAAACAUUACUGGGCUAAAGCUACAAUUUCAGAUGGACACAUAGUACCUCUGGAUGGUGCACCUCCUGCCUGA